AUGGCCAAAAAGAAGGGCGGCAAUAAUAAGAAGAAGAAUAACAACGCCAAAAGGGGCCCGGUAAACGACAACAAUCUUUCCAACCCAGAGGUUUCCAAUCCAGUCUCCGUCCCGGCGGAAUCCGAGGAACAUGGGGUCCCCGAUCCAGACAACAAGCCCGAUGCCGCGGAUGCUGAGAAGGACCAGACCCCAGCCCCAGAUGCGCCUCCGAAAGAGGACUCAAGCAGUGAAGAUGCUUCCUCGCCAGAGGCAGAAGCAUCUUCGGGUGCAACGACACCUCCUGAUACGGUAGAAGAGGCCAAAGCCGAAGGCGAGGCAGAGAAGCCUGCCGAAGAGGCUACUCCAGAAUCUGGCGAAGAAAAGCCAGCCGAAGAAUCAGCCGAGCCCGCCGCCGAAACGAGCGAACAAGCAGAGGCCGCCCCUGCUGAGAACGCUAGUGACGAAGCUCCAGCGGCAGAGCCUGCAGCGGAGGAAACUCCUGCUGAAGAGAAACCAACUGAACCAGCGGCUGAAGCCGAGCAGCCUGCCGAAGCAACAACCACAGAACCGACCGAGGAUCAGCCAGCUGCUACAGAGUCUCCUGAAACGGAAACCCCUGUAGAGCCCGAGGCAACGCCGGCGCCGACCGAAGAGUCCGCGCCAGAACCGGCCGCGGAGGCAGAGCAGCCUGCUCCCACAGAGGGCGAGGCAGCAGAUGCACCUGCCGCAGAAGCCGUGACUGAAGAAAUUCCUGCGCCCGCUGCGGAGGAAAAGGCUGCACCAGAACCAACCGAGGAACCUGCGCCUGAGCCUGCUGCCGAGACGCCAGCGGAAACACCAGCGGAAACACCAGCGGAGACGUCAGCAGCAGAAGAGGCCAAGCCCGCCGGAAAGAAGAACAAGAAGAAAGACAAAAAGAAGAAGAAGAAGGGCGGGGCGGCUGAACCAGAGCCAGCAGCAGAGCCCGAACCAGCAGCGGAACCAGAGCCAGCGGCAGAAGCAGCACCCGAGCCUGAACCAGCAGCGGAAUCCGAGGCUGCGGUAGAAACUGAACCGGCAGCGGAGCCUGAGCCAGCAGCAGAACCCGAGCCAGCGGCAGAGCCUGAGCCAGCGGCAGAGCCUGAACCUGCAGCAGAGCAACCAGCGGCAGAAGCAGCUCCUGAGCCAGAACCGGAGCCGAAGGCAGAAGAGCCCGAUCCAGCGGCAGAAGCAGCUCCCGAGCCAGAAUCAGAGCCGAAGGCAGAAGAGCCCGCAGCGGCUCCGGAGGAGCAGGCGGAGGAAGUCACACCAUCAGCUGGAAAGAAGAAGAAGAAAGACAAGAAGAAGAAGAAGAAGGGUGGAGCAACCGACUCGCCCCCACCCGAAGUGUCCGAACCUGAACAGCCAGCGCCUGAGCCAGCAGCAGCCGAACCUGAGCCAGCCCCCGAGCCAGCGGCGGAAGAAGCAGCACAGCCCGAGCCAACAGUGGAAAAAUCAGCACCUGAGCCUGGACCGGCAGCUGAGCCUGAAGCACCAGCAGAACCGGAACCAGUACCUGAACCAGCUGCAGAGCCGGAAACACCUACAGAGCCGGCACCAGUGCCUGAGCCAGCUGCAGAGCCGGAAUUGCCUGCAGAAUCUGAAUCAGUGCCUGAGCCAGCUGCAGAUUCAGAAGCACCUGCAGAGCCAGAGCCGGCACCUGAAGUAGCGCCUGAACCAGCAGCAGAACCAACACCUGAGCCCGCAUCUGAGCCCGCAUCUGAGCCCGAAGCUGUUGUAGAGGCUGCCCCAGAAGAGCCAGCGGCGCCCGCAACCGGGGGAGGAAAGAAGAAGAAGAAAGACAAAAAGAAAAAGAAGGGCCAACAGUCUCCGCCUCCCGAGAAGGUUGAGGAAGAGCCAGCUCCUGCUGUUCCUGCUGAUAUUCCCGCUUCUGACGCGCCUGUCGCUGCUGAUGAACCAACAACAACUGAAGAUGACAAGCCUGCUGAAGAACCUGUUGAGGAGGUAAAGGCUCCUGAGACAACUGAAGAGCCCGCUCUGACCGCUGAGCCUGCUGAGGAGGAAAAGCCAGCGGAGCACACCGAAGAACAUCCUGUGGCAGAACCAGCUGAAGAAGCUACAGCUACAGCGGCCACCGAUGACGCACCCGCGGCGGAACCUAGCGAGGCUGAGGCUCCAGCCCAGGAACCUGCUGUUGAGCAAGCACCUCCCGCGGAUCCAGUUGAAAAAGAGGUACCAGCGCUGGCCAUUGGGGAAUCCGAGCCUGCGCCUGCGCCUGCGCCAGCGGAAGAGUCGCCUGCUGUCGAAGUUGCAGAGCCAGCUGAUGCUGAACCGGUUGUUGAAGAAUCCGCACCUGAAGUUGCGGAAGUUGCGGAGACUGUUGCAGAGCCAGCUGAAAGUGCUGAACCUCAAGCUGAAGCGCCGCCUGAGGAGGAGAAGCCCACUGCGGAACCUGACGAAGCGGCAGCGCCCGAACCUACCGCUGAGGUUGCAGACGAAGCACCAAAGGACGUGGUCGAAGAGGCUGAGCCGACGCCUGCAGAACCGGAGAAACCUGCCGAUGAAGCUGCUAACGAAGAUGACUUCCCCGAGUGCGAUCCCCUGGCAGCGUCUGAUAAAGUCGAUGCAGAGAAUGAAGCAGCGGCGCAGCAGGCAGCAAGGGAUGCAGAGCUGGAAGCAGAAGAGGCAUCUAGACAAGCAGCCGACUUGAUUGACUUCGAUGAAGCUCCCGGUACGCCAGCUGAAAAAGAAGAGGAAGUACCUACAGCUCCUGAGGCGGAAGCGGUUGCGCCUGAGCCCGAGCCGACCGAGACUGCAGCUCCUGAGGUCCCGGCGGAAGAAGUGGUAGAGGCCAUAGUUGAAGAAACUGCGAAAGAUGCUCCUGACGCGGCCGACCCCGAAGCGCCAGCUGAGGCGGAACCCGAGGCCCCAUCUGUUGAGGAGGCCCCUGCGGCCGUGGUAGAGGAAGUCCCUGCGCCUGUGGUCGAGGAAGCCCCUGCGACUGUGGUAGAGGAAGCCCCUGUGCCUGUGGUUGAGGAAGCCCCUGCUCCUGUGGUCGAGGAAGCCCCUGCUCCUGUGGUCGAGGAAGCCCCUGCUCCUGUGGUCGAGGAAGCCCCUGCUCCUGUGGUCGAGGAAGCCCCUGCGCCUGUGGUCGAGGAAGCCCCUGCGCCUGUGGUCGAGGAAGCCCCUGCGCCUGUGGUCGAGGAAGCCCCUGCGCCUGUGGUCGAGGAAGCCCCUGUGCCUGUGGUCGAGGAAGUUCCAGCAGCGGAAGAGCCUGCGCCGAGCGAGCCUGUCCCAGAAGAACCGGCUGUGGAAGCUCCCGUUGACGAGGUCAAAGAACCCGAGGCCCCGGCCGAGGAAUUGCCCGUUGUUGACGAGACACCCGAGCCCCCAGCAGAGGAGACUUCCGAACCGGCAGCGCCUGCUGAAAUAGCACCCGCCGAAGACGAGGUCCUUGCUGAGGGGCCAGCCGCAGCUGUUCCCGAAGCUGCAGAGCCAGAUAGUGCGCCUGUUACUGAAGAAGCAGAGCCGGAGUCUGCGGUUACACGAGAAAUGCCUGAUGAGCCUGCUGUUGAAGCGCCAGCUGAAGAACCGCCGGUUGAGGAACAGCCUGUUGUGACGCCAUCUAUCGAGGAACCUGUUGCUGAAGAGGCUGCAGCCCCUGUCCCAGCAGUGGAACAAUUCCUCGUGGAGGAAUCCGAGGCUGAAGAGCCCGCUGAACCGGUGGCUGCCGAGGAACCUGCGCAGCCUGUUGAAGAGACAUCAAGGGGAUUGGACAUGUCUGACUCUCCAGCCACCUAUCUGAUUCCUGCUGCUGCUGUGGCCGCCGCUGCCGCUGCGUAUGGAGCGACCGAAUCCGAACAUCCAGCCGAUCCUGUUACUGCCGAGCCCACCAAAGAAUCGACCCGUGGACUCGAAGAAGAGUACGUCUAUGACGAGCCCUCGCCCAGGACGCUGGUGCCCGACACUUCAGCUGAAAUUGGUGGGGACGCUCCGGCAGAAGACAAGUACGCUUCUGCUCCCAGAGAAUCAUUGGAGCGUGCCAGGCGAAGAAGAAGAAAGUCGUACGUGUCCGAUCCCUACGAUGAACGACGGCCCUCCAAGGGCUCCUCGGAAGGACGCGAGCGUCGACAUGCCCAGCCUGCUCCUCCGCCUCCACCGCCGCAGAAGGCCGAGCGAAACAAAUUGAGUCAGCGAUGGUUGGAGGCCCUGGAGGAGUCAAGAAGGCAAUACGAAGAAAAAUCUCAACGCGAACUGCGCAAACUGCAGAAGCUUGCUGCAGAUGAAGAAAGAGCGAAACGGCAUGCGCGCGUUGAGCGGACCAGCAGCACCAGGGACAGAAGCACGAGGGAAAGAGAAUCCGUGCCCAAGGAGUCAAUACCGAAAAGUUCAGGAGGAGGUAGCCGCGACGGCGACCGGGCACCAUCUUCCAGACACUCUCAGUCAACCCCCUCCAAGCCCCGACACUUCUUAAAAUACGUCCCCUCGGAGGAGGAAGUUUCGAGCAAUGAGCCACUUCCCAAGGUCAAUGGCACCAAGGCUGCGGCGAACAUCCCCGAUAUGCCGCGCAGACGCUCGUCCACUAGCCAUCACUCCCAUGGCCACAGUCAUCGCCAUCAAAGUGAGGGACGGCCUUCAAUGGAACGGUCUAGUGGUUCUCGUCGCAGCAAGGAGGAAGAUCCUGCUCGGAUGGAAGCACGACCUACCACGGAAAGGCCCACUGGUUCCCAUCGUAAGGAAGAAGGCCGUGCCCGGGAAGUACGACCUUCGGUGGAGCGGUCCAGUGGUUCUCGCCGCAGCAAAGAAGAGGAUCCUGCUCGUGCGGAAGCCCGUAGGGCUCGGAGACAGUCCGAGGCGGUCGCCGAGGCGCGAGAAAUCGAGCACAAUGAGCGAGACGACCGCCGUUCAGACCGACGGGAGCGGCGCCGUGACGAGCGCGAGCGCCGCGACGAGUAUCAGGACGAGGCCCCUCGAUCCCGAGGGGACGACGCUGAACGUCGGCGGCAUCGUCACCAUCGCAGACGGGAGCCCACCCCGCCGCCCAGCGCAGCCACCAAGCUCAAGGGUAUGCUCAAGGCCGUCAUCGCGGCGCAUUGA